AUGCCCACUCUCAUUCGAACAUCGGUGGAAACGACGGCUCCAGUCACCCCGGACGUUCACUGGUGCCAGCUCAGCCCCACAGAGCUCAAAACUCUCCAAUCCGAGCGUGUUCCCCCAACACACCAUCCCCCCUACGAAGGCCUGCCACGAUGGCCGGGAGUCACGAGUGUCACGGCGAUAUUGCGUACUCUCGACAUCGUUGGCACGUCUACGUUUGCGGCCAGCGGGUCCCUUGCCGCCGCCACGUUGGGUUGCGAUAUAAUCGGAUGCAUCAUGGUGGGGACUAUCACCGCCGUCGGGGGCGGCACGUGGCGCGACAUCAUCUUACUCCACAAGCAACCGUUUUGGGUUCAAGAAUGGGAAUACUUGAUCGUAAGCGCUGUUGUGUCUGUGUUGUUGUUUCUUACGUGGGGUCUAUUGCCCGCGGGCCAAACCGUGCUGGGGACCACACUCAAGGCUGUCAACGGCGAGGCUGGUUUGCUCAUGGAUUGGGGGGACGCUCUCGGUAUCGGCGUUGCGUCGGUGAUUGGUGCGAUGAAUGGGAUUCGAUCCAACUCCCCCAUGUGCAUCAGCGCCCUCUGCGGCAUGGUCACGGCCACGUUCGGUGGGCUCACGCGCGACGUGCUCCUCAACCGCUCCGUCCGCAUCCUGUACUCCCACGCUGAAAUCUACGCUAUUAUCGCCCUCGUGGGCGCCGCUGCAUACCUCAGUCUCCAGCGGCUGGCACCGACACGGCAGGCCCUGCGGAUUACCGUCUGCAUUUUGCUCGUGGUUAUGCUGCGACAGCAGGCGUGGACGCAUGGGUGGCGAAUGCCCACGUGGAACGUCAACAAAACUUUGUGA